AAAUGGCGGAAGGAGGACCUCCCGAUAGCGAAACACAGAAGACAGAAAUUGGAAAUUUGAUUAAAAUACCACUGAAAAAAGGAGAUACAUGGUACUUAAUUGACACACGUUGGUUCAAGCAGUGGAAGAAGUAUGUUGGAUAUGACUCAUGGGAUUUGCAUAAUGUUGGAGAAGAAACCUACAAUCCAGGGCCUAUUGAUAACUCCAAUUUAUUUCAAGAUGAGGGGUGUCAGCUGAAGGAGCACCUGAUUGAUGAGCUGGACUAUGUCCUGGUGCCAACUGAGGCAUGGAACAAGCUUGUUUCUUGGUAUGGGAUGGUUGACAAACAGGAGCCGAUUUCCCGUAGUGUGAUAGAACAGGGAAUGUUUGUGAAACAUUGUAAAGUGGAGGUCUACCUGAUGGACCUGAAACUCUGCCAGAACUCUGAUCUGGAGAAAUUGACCACCAAAGAAUUUAGUCGCUCCUCUACUAUAGAUGAUUUAGAAAAAGCCAUGAGAAAAUUGUUUGAAAUUCCGAAUGAAAAAGAGGUGCGGCUGUGGAACCGUUACAUGAGUAAUACCUAUGAACACCUGAGUAAACCAGAUAACACGUUACAGGAUGCAGGACUCUACCAGGGACAGGUAAUUGUCAUUGAACCGAAGAAUGAAGAUGGUACAUGGCCUAGACAGGCUAAAAGCACAAACUCCUACAACUCCGGGACAUCAAGUAUAGACCGGAGUAGCACUAGGUCAAAUUAUAACUCUGGUUCUUAUGAGUCUGGGUCCUCAUAUGGCAGUAGUUACAACAGCAGCUUUUACGGAGGAAGCUACGACCCAGGGCGAGGGAAUUCUGCACCCGGUCUCUGUGGCCUCGCUAAUUUAGGAAACACGUGUUUUAUGAAUUCUGCCAUUCAGUGUUUAAGUAAUGUAGGUAAUUUGACCCAAUACAUGGUUGAAGACCGGUGGAAAAAUGAACUCAAUGAGGACAACCCUCUAGGUAUGAAAGGAGAAAUAGCACGAUCAUAUGCAGACCUUGUGCGACAAAUUUGGUCAGGGAAUUACAGCUACACAGUGCCAAGAAACUUCAAGGUUGCUGUGGGUAAAUUUGCACCUCAGUUCUCAGGCUACCAGCAGCAAGACUCCCAGGAGUUGAUGGCAUUCCUUCUGGAUGGCCUUCAUGAGGACCUCAACAGAAUCCAUAAAAAACCUUAUAUAGAACAAAAAGACGCAAAUGGCCGACAAGAUAAGGAGGUUGCUAAUGAGGCCUGGGAAAAUUACCAGAAAAGGAACGAUUCUGUUAUUGUGGAUACAUUCCACGGACUUUUAAAAUCAACACUUGUGUGUCCAGAGUGUGCUAAAGUGUCAGUGACCUUUGACCCCUUUUGUUAUCUGUCUUUACCAUUACCUAUUAAAAAAGAACGCCCACUGGAAGUGUUUCUUGUUCCUUUGGAUCCCAUGAGCAAAACAAUACAGUAUAAGUUAACCGUUCCCAAAUUGGGUAACAUAGCUGACCUGUGUGCAGCCCUUUCCAAGCAGACAGGAAUCUCUCCAGAAAAGAUGGUGGUUACAGAUGUAUACAACCACAAAUUCCACAAGGUGUUUGGUAUGGAUGAACCACUCAGCCACAUCAUGGACAGAGAUGACAUUUUCAUUUAUGAAGUUCCAGUGUCAAGCUAUCAGGAUCCAGAAACACUUAUUUUACCUGUCUACAUGAAAGAAAGAAAGCAAAAGGGAGGUUUCUCUAAUCACUACACCUCUCCGAGUACGUUGUUUGGACAGCCACUUCUUGUUCCUGUGCCAAGGAAAGAAUGCACCUAUGACAAACUCUACACACUUAUACUUAACAAAAUGAGGCGUUAUGUCACACCACCAGAACCAUCAGAGGAAUGGUGGGCAGAGGAACAGGAAGCCAUGGUGAAUGGAGCAGAUAUGGAGGUUAAUGGUGAUGACGAUAGUGAAGAGACUCAACAACUGGAUGCUAGCUCCUCCUCUUCCAUGCAAACUGCCUCCUCAUCCACAAAUACACGAGAGCAGAAAAUGAUGCAGGAUGAAAGCGUUGACACAAAACAUCGCCUUUUCACUUUGAGUGUCAUCAACUCGUAUGGCAGUGCCGAGUUCCACCGUCUUCAGGAUGAUGAUAAACCCUUAAAUCUGACCAACCGCUCUUACAUUGCCAUUGAUUGGCAUACCAGAGCCAAGGAGAAAUUUUACUGUGAGAAAUCAGCUGAGGAUUUUGAGAUGCACGAGUCCGUUAAACAGAAGAAUCCCCAAAAGAAACAAGUGAUACAGCUGGAUGACUGCUUAAAACUUUUCACAACUAAGGAAAAGCUUGGAGAAAAUGACCCUUGGUAUUGUCCUCAGUGCAAGAAGCACCAACAGGCCACAAAGAAAUUUGACAUCUGGUCUUUGCCGAACAUCCUGGUGAUUCACUUGAAGAGAUUCUCUUACAACAAGUACUGGAGGGACAAAAUUGAUGCUCUCGUGGAAUUCCCUGCUCGUGGCCUUUCUCUUAAGAAGUACAUACUGAACCAUGAGCACAGUCCAGCCAUCUAUGAUUUAAUUGCCGUGUCCAAUCACUAUGGUGGCAUGGGUGGAGGACACUACACUGCCUAUGGAAAGAACAAGGAUGACGGAGAAUGGUAUUACUACGAUGAUUCCACAGUUACCCAUUCCUCCGAAGAAAAUGUGGUGACAAAAGCAGCAUACGUGUUGGUGUACCAGAAGAGAGACCGAUCCAGUGCCGCGCCCACCAUCAGUCGUCCAACAGCAGCUGCUGCUGCAGGUGCCCCCACAGAUGCCGGUAGUACCAAUGGGACAGAGGGCAGUAGUGACGAAAUGGAAACAAACUGACCAACAUGUGCAUAGUAUAGACUGAUCUUUCUGGAAGGUUUCUGUGUGUGUGUCGUGGCCCACUUCAGAUAGCUUGACAUUAUUUAUAAUCUUUACCGGACACAAGAAGAACAAUUGGGAUUGAACCAUUCCCAUGUCCCCCUAUUUUUGUUUUUUUCAUCUCAUCAAAGUGGACUCACUUUGACGUGUUCAAACCUGGAAUGUGAAACCAACAUGAUGGGUGUUUUGCCGAAAGGGUGGUAAAAUUGUGGCACAAGUGAUACAAACUGGCCCAGCAGUGUGAUUCAGUUUACAUUGUAUAUUCUCAUUUAGUACCCAGCUCUUAUAAAGUUGAUGUGUACAUAAUCUGUUAGAAAUAAUUUUCAGUGUUAGUGAUAUUGUUGUUGUUAUUAUUAUUAAUUAUCAUUAUUAUAUCAGGGACCGUCUUAUACAAUUCCUAGCAUGGACAUGGGUUAUGGGUAUAGAUACUAAUGUCCACAGUGCAUGCAGUGAUGAUGGGUCCCUCAUGAUAGUUGGCUAACUAUUUCUUUCUACAUAAUGCUGUCAACUGGGGUCAAACAAAUGUUGUCUUUUACCUGCACUGUGUGAAGAAUGCGACUCUGUGUUAUUUGAUUGUAGAUGGACACUCUCCAGUAUGGUGUUCAGAUUUUCUUACGCUCUUAACUUGAAAGGAAAAAUACAGACAACCCUUUAAGUUAUCAUCUGAAAUGCCUGAGAAUUGUCAGUGUGUAUAAAUGUGUAAGUUAUUUUUGGAAGCAUGGGAUGUCCUGAGUUGCCUAGCAUGUUUUCAAAAUGUUGUCUAAUAGUGAGCUAUUUGUUGGAUGUUUGUGGAAAACUGUGGAAUGUUUUGGAGGUUCUCUUUUCAGUUUUGAGGCAUAAAAAUUUUCACAGAACAUUGCUACUUUAUUUGACGAUAUGUAAGUUAUUUUUUUAAAUGUGUGAUGUCUUGUUCGACUGCAUAAAGUAAGACAGAUUUUCAAGGUUGAAAUGCAUGAAAACUUAAAUUUGAAAAAAGUAGCUUGUGUUAAAAUGAUAAUGGUUUAAAAUGUGUGUGGAAAUUUGUUUUUGAUUACUUCAGGCUGUGUGGGUUAAAAAAUAUUCGUGUAUGGGCUACACUUCAAAGAAGCAGUUCAUUAGUAUUCAAUAUUAGUCUUUAUUUUUUUGUCUUUUAGGUCUAAAUUUCUGUUUGCCCCAACAGGUUUGCAUUUCUGCAGCAACAUGAAUCUUCAGUGUGUUAAAGCUUAUAAGCUGUUGCUGUGUUUCUUUUUUUAUCUUUGUGAUUAUCAGUAGUUAUCACUUUACUCAUCAUUUGUACUUCAACAUCAAACUCUUCAAUAAUCUGCUUUUUCUGGUAUUUUCCAUAUAUAAGAAUAAAGUCUUAAAUACAUGUGCAGGUUAAUAAAACUUUGCUUAUUAUUUUGUAUGGUUUUUCGGUGUAUUGUCAGUUUGCAGUUACAUUCAGACGUACUGUUAUUUACUGUGGUGUAGCCUAUGCCAAUAAAGACAAGAACCUAUUCAUGGUUUUAAUUUAUAUUUACAAAUA